UUCAUCUUAUAAACCUUCCUUCUUCAAUACUAGGGUUUCAUCAAUAUAUUGUUAGUUUUCCCUAAACAAGUUUUGUUUUGCUUUGUUUUUGUUUAAGAAAAAGGUUGUGUUAAGCUAGGUAGGUAUUAGGGUUUGAUCUACUUCUUUGUUCUUUUAGGGUUUUAGAGAGAUUUUAAGUGAGGAAUAUGGAAGAAAGAAAUGAUAAAGAGAAAAAUAUGGAUGAAGUAAUGCUUCCAGGGUUUAGGUUUCAUCCAACUGAUGAAGAGUUAGUAGGGUUUUAUCUAAGGAGGAAAGUUCAACAAAAACCAAUAUCCAUUGAACUUAUCAAGCAACUUGACAUCUAUAAAUAUGAUCCAUGGGAUCUACCAACAGAGUUGGCAGCAGUGGGAGAAAAAGAAUGGUAUUUCUAUUGUCCAAGGGAUAGAAAAUACAGAAAUAGUGCAAGGCCAAAUAGAGUAACUGGUGCUGGUUUUUGGAAAGCAACAGGUACUGAUAGGCCAAUUUAUUCAUCUGAAGGAUCAAAAUGCAUUGGCUUGAAAAAAUCACUUGUUUUCUACAAAGGUAGAGCUGCAAAAGGGAUUAAAACUGAUUGGAUGAUGCAUGAGUUUAGAUUGCCUUCUAUUACUGACUCCACUGCACCAAAGAGAUUCUUGGACAAACAUAUUCCUCCUAAUGACUCAUGGGCAAUAUGCAGGAUUUUCAAGAAAGCAAACUCCAAUGCACAUAGAGCUCUUUCUCAUUCUUGGGUAUCACCACCACAAGUACUACCUCAAAAUAACACUACAUCUCAUGAUUUUCUAACAAGUAGCCACUUUACUAAUUCAAAUGAAAUGUCAUCAUUUAUACACAAAACAAGUACCUCACCUAUCCAAUUUAAUGACUUACAAAACUCAUCAAACAAUAAUAUGGCUAGCAAUAGCUUCUCCACAUUAGAUCUCCCACUUUACAAAACCCUCAACUCAAUGUCUAGUUAUAACAAUAGACCACCUCAACAAAUUUCAAUUUCAAACCACCAUGACCCUAUAACAAGUUACACAUUUUCUUCAUCAUGUGUUGACAAUAUGAACAAUAUUGAUGCUUCUUCUUUGCUGUUAAACAUGUCAUCUUCUAUAUUUGGAGAUUAUUCUAUUGCGUUACCCGAGAAUAUGGAAGGUGGUAGUGGUGGUGUUCAUGAAGAGACAUUAUUAAAGGAAGCAAAUAAUGUUAUCAACAACAUGGAACAUAUGGAGGAACAAUGGGGAAUUAAUGUUGUUAGAUCUAAUAUUGGAGUACUUCCAUUGAUGAAUAAUUUUCCAUUGAAUAUGGCUGCUGAUGCAUGGAAGACAAAUUUGCUUUGGGAUUCUUCUUCUCCUUGUCCUAGUAGUGAAAUGUCUACAAGUUAUUCCACUAACAAGUGUUACACUUGA